AUGUCUCCGUUGCACGCUUCCUUGAUUACGAUUUCUAAAUCUUUGCGUUCACACUCACUUUCUCCAUUAUUCUACUCAUUCACAUUUUCACCUUUGUUAUGCGGAAAUUUAAAAGAAACAUCUCUCAACGCGAUCAGUUAUAAAAAUAACCGAUUGUACUCGGCAGAUAAUAAUAAUCCUAAUAAUCACAAAAAAUGCAACAGUAAAGAAAAAAAAGAUGGAUAUAGAACAAGAACGAAAACCUCUUAUCAGGUCAACAUUUUUUCAUACAAAGAAAAGACGUUCGCCAGAGAUGACAAAGAUAAUAAGAUGAGUAGGGCCAGAGGAGUACAAGGGUCAAACAAAUUGGGGGAAAAGAUGGGAGACACUUUUAGUAGGGGAAAAAAUAAUAAUUCUGUUGAAGGGUCGUUGCCAGAAGCUGAUAUUCAUUCCACGGAUAAACCUAGGUCGUUUAAUAAAGACAAGCAUUUGCGACCGCGAGAAUCACCAAACUCAAAGCCGUUGAAUAAAGAUGCACAAUCGCGAAAGCAUAGAUCGUGGAUUAAUGUGAAAUCACGUGAUAGCGAAAAUGGAGAUACCAAAUGGAAGGGAGUCUCUACAAGCUUGAACGAGAGAUCGCCUUCCAGAUCAUCAUCGAAUUCUUGGAAAGAAGUGAACUCGAAUUAUAGAUUGUCGAAAUCCACUGGAAGUAAUGAUGAUAAGUCUCGAGGGCGAGCAGGGGUGAUUUGGAGCAAAUCAGGUGGCGUCAAUGAUAAGAAACUAUCACCAGGAAAUGAGUUGAAGAGGGCAGAACGCAUAAAAAGUUUACCUAAAUAUGGUGACGUAAAUCGAACAAGGGGUAAUCAAGGCUUCGGGAUUCAAGGUGGGAAAGGGAUGUUGACAUCAAUUACACGUAGUUCAACCGAUCGUUGGAUACCACCUCGGCCAAGUUCCUCGUUUGAAACUCCCAAACCCAAAAACCAUGAAAAAUCAAAAAGACCAUCACCACAUGUGUUUGACCCAAAUCGAAAACCCAAAUUACGCUGGACAGAGGAAGAAGAUAAUUUUUUGUUACAACUGGUAAAAACAAAUGGCGAAGAUUGGAAAAAAUUAUCGGAAAUCUUGGGACGGCCUUAUAAUACCAUAAGUUAUCGUUAUACAUGGAUCACUUCACGAGUGUGGACACCAGAGGAAACUAUUAGACUUCAUGAAGCACUAAAAGAAUUCGGCGAGAAAGAUGAAGAAUCAUGGCAAAAGAUCAAGGAACGGUUUCCAGAUCGAACAUUAGCAGAGUUGAAACACAAUUAUAAACAAUAUGGGAGUUUAAAUCCGAAGAGUGAUAAGCCGGUGAUGAAUGUUGGGGUGUGGACGGAUGAAGAGUUGAAGAGAUUCGAAGAGGCAUUAGAUAAAUAUGCAGGAGAAUGGAAGGAGUACGAGUUAGCGGAAUAUGAAGAAUUGUGGAAGAAGAUUAGUCACGAAGUGAAAACUAGAAGCGGAAGACAAUGUCGUCGAAAGUAUUACUGGCAAUAUAGUAGACCAUAUGAUUUUGAUAUCAGGAUUAAAUAUGAGAACAUUUAA